GGCGGGAGCGCAUGGCAGGUGGCGGGAAGCGGAGGCCGCGCGGCGCGGCGGGACCGGCCGGAGAGCAGAGUGAAAAAAAUGGAGCUGUCAAGAAGAGGAGAUCAAAUCAGGCAGAUAUUCCUGAUAGUCUGUGCCAAGAAGCAGAAACAUGCUAUCGGCUUAGACUGCCUGAGGACUUCUACCAGUUUUGGAAGUUUUGUGAGGAACUAGAUCCUGAGAAACCAAGUGAUGCACUUGUGUCAAGUGUUGGACUUAAGCUGGUUGGACCAUAUGAUAUUCUUGCUGGAAAACACAAAAAAGCAAAAUCAACAGAUGUGAACUUCAAUCUUCAUUGGAGAUUCUUCUAUGAUCCCCCAGAAUUUCAGACUAUACUUGUUGGGGAUAGCAGAACACAGUAUCACAUGGGAUAUUUCAGGGAUGUGCCAGAUGAGCUCCCAGUGUGGGUUGGUGCAAAUGAAGUUAAGAAGGGUUGUGUGAUUUCACAAGUUGGUGAUAAUGUCUUUGCUGCAGUCAAAUUAUUUUUGUCAAAGAAACUUAAGGAAGUGGCUGAUAAAAAGAAAAGUGCUGUUUUGAAAGACAUAGAUGAAAAGCUAACAAGAACAGCAAAGGAACUGGGUUAUUCUCUGGAACAAAAAACCCUGAAGAUGAAACAGAGAGAUAAGAAAGUGGUGACCAAAGCAUUUCAUGGAGCAGGCCUAGUCGUUCCUGUAGACAAAAAUGAUGUUGGAUACAGAGAACUUCCUGAAACAAAUGCUAAUCUUAAAAAAAUUUGCAAGGUCAUUGUUGAUGCUCCGACUGAUGAGGAGAGGGUGAAAGCCUUUGCACCCAUUCAAGAAAUGCUGACCUUUGUUCAGUUUGCUAAUGAUGAAUGUGACUAUGGAAUGGGGUACGAGCUGGGCAUGGACCUGUUUUGCUAUGGAUCACAUUACUUCCACAAGACGGUGGGCCAGCUGCUGCCCCUGGCUUACACCCUGCUGAAGAGGAACCUCUUUGCCGAAAUCAUCGAGCAGCACCUGGGCAACCGGCGGGAGGAGGACCCAGAUCAGCUGGUGCCCUGAGCCGGGCUCAGGGGCUGCAGCUGGGGGGGGCCCUGCACGCCUGGGAGCGGGCUCGUCUUUGUGUGUGUGUGUGUCUGUGCGUCUUUUUGUACUCGGUGGCGGUGUCCCCUGCGGUCAGUAAAGGUUUUCUAAGGAACACGCUGCUUCCCGGUGCUGGCUGCAGGUGGGCCCGGGACAGGGAGUGGGGCUGAGGCGCUGCGGGGCUGUGGCACUGCCCGGGAGGCACACCUGGGCCGGGGCUGGUGCUCUCAGGAAGCAUGGUGAGGGCGGGCCCCUGUGCCUCGGUCACCACCUGCCUGUGCCAUGGGCAAACGGAGCCACAUGUCCCUGCUGCAGGUGAUGGUUCUGCCCUUCUUCGUUUCCCUGGUUGGCUCCCACCCCUCAGGUAAAGCAUUCCCUUACUGCAGCAUUCCCCUGUGGCAGAGCACUGUCCCUGCUCCUACAUUGCUGGAGCUGGCUCAAGUGGGAGGAAGGAAACUAAUGCGAUGAAAGAAAUGCUAACUGAUAUUACAAGACAAAUUAGGGAAUUCCACUGCUUGUUGCUACCUUGCUAAUCAGAAAAAGCCAGCUCCAGUUUUAAACAUUGAAAAAUUAAACCCAGGUGAUUUUGUACAAGGUGCAAAUUGUUUUCAAGGUCCUUACCCCCAGUUCUGUGUUCUUGUUAUUGCACUUGAAGGUUUAUUCUCAGGCAAUUAAUUAAAGUAACAGUCCAGAAGCAAUGGAAAGUAACAAUGGCUCUUACUCAACAGCCCUGCCACCAUCCAGUGACUUGACUUCCACUGUAGCAAUUCACAUCAGUACUAACGACAGCAAUGCUAAUUAUUACUGGUAAAGAUUAUAGACUACUAGUACCAUGUUCAAAUAUAAGUCAUUCCUACUCUUUUAAGCAAAGGAUUGUCAGUUAAAUGUUACUUUAUGGUUUACUUUAUGGUAAAGGGAGCAUUGAAGGUACAAUGUAGGUUAGAGUGCUGCGAAAGUGAGUUUCAAAUGCGUAAGGUAAUCACAUGCCACACCUACUUGUGUAAAUUUGACUUCACCCCUUUCAUUCACCCUUUCACUCAUUAAACUCAUGGAAUUAAUGUUCCAAUUAUUCAAGCACAAACAUACACUCAUUCAUAAGCCCAGAGUUUUGUUUUAUACAUGUUAAAAAAAAAAAAAAAGUACUUUCCAUCUCAUUCUCGUCUUUAUGUUUCAAGUACAGGAGACCUUUAUACUAAUGCCCUGUAAAUCAUACAAGUACUAAAAAAGUAGAAUCAUAGAAAGUUUGCACUGCAGGGGACCUUAAGAAUUCAGCUUUUUAACUGUUACUUUAAUAUGAACUUAGAUCUGCAAAAAUGAGGACCUGAGACUGGCCAUCCAUACUUGUGUAUUAAUUAAUCCCUGAUGGAGAAGGAAAUCUGUUACAGUAGCUGCAAAAUGACUGAUGUGUGCUGUGUAUCAUGAAAUGGGGACAGACUUUAGCAGGGCCUGUUGCACUAGGACAAUGAGUAAUGGUUUUUAACUAAAAAGAGUAGAUUCAGACUAGCUAGGGGGAAGAUAUUUUUUAUUAUGAGUGGUGAAAUACUCAAAUGGAUUGCCUGGAGGGGAGAUACCAUUCCUUGAAGCGUUCAGUGGAUUGGACCCUGGGCAGCCUGAUCUAGUGGAAGGUUUUCUUGCCCAUGACAGGAGGGUUGGAACAAGGUGAUCUUUAAGGUCCCUUCCAACCCAGGCCAUUCUAUGAUGUGUACAUCAUCAACAGAUGGCUUUUAGACAAUAAAAGGAUCAUCCACUUUUAACUAUAUUAAAUACAAGUAUUUUGUUUUAAUUCUAUAAUUAAAUCAAAAUCUUAGGUGAGGUAUUUUUCUAAAAUAAACAUUUAAGGCAGAUUGGUUUGAUGGGGUUGAUUUUGGCUAUGCAUUUGUAACCGGAUACCAGGCAGUGCAAAUACUGUAUCUCCUAAACUCCAUUCUUUUUGUCAAAUCUUCUUACUAGUUUUGUAUGUA